AUGGACCCCUUCCUCUUAAAGUUUUUCCCAGAGGUGUACCGGCAGAAGCAGGCUGCGAGCAAGACCAACCAGUAUUGCCAGUACGACAACCAGCUGCUGCAGGCCUUCACCUCCUCACUCUACCUCGCCGCCCUCGUCACCUCCUUCUUCGCGUCUGCUGGCACCCGCAUCCUCGGCCGCAAGUGGUCCAUGUUAGCCAGCGGCUUCACCUUCCUUGUGGGAGCCGCCCUGAAUGGCGCCGCCCAGAACCUCGCGAUGCUCAUCGUUGGACACAUUCUGCUUGGCAUCGGCAUCGGGUUCACCAAUCAGGUACGAGACUGUUCACUACGUUGA